GUUUUCAUAUUUUUUCUUUGUGAGGAAAAACAAAAGGAAUAAAAUGAUGAUGAUAAGUUGAUAACCGAAGAAGAAAACCGGAGGAAGUGAGAACGAACACGGUGGAACGUUGCCUUUGGAUCUGAGAUUCGUUCGCAACAAUUUUCACCAAGCGGAAUUACUACAGCUCGUACAGAUCCAUCCACAAUUCAACUUUCUCUUUUACCGCUUCUCUCAACCAUCUUUAUCUCCACUCCGCCCUUUCUUCUGGAAUUCAUCCCCUCGGUUUAUCCCUGACUUAAUCAUCUCUCUCCUCCAAUAAUUUCAUCACCCCUCUCUCUCAAUCUCUCACUUUUUUUUGCGUGAUGCUGCUGCUGAUAUACUAUCAUCUCCUUUUUUGUUGGAAAUAUAUUAGACUCACAUCUCAUUCUCUGCGCUUCCCUUUUUGGUUUUGGUGGGUGGGUCAGUCUGUUUUUCCCUCUGUUCCUUGUAUUUUUUUUUUUUUUAGAAUUGGGUUUGAUUUCGGUUGUGACGAGCGAUGUACUUGGUGGUAUUUUUGCUUUGUUUACACGGAUUUUGAUUCGUUCUGGGUUUUGAAUGACUGUCUCUCGCCUUUUAUAUUUGAACAGAAUUCGUGGUUAUCCUUUCCUCUUUGCUUCUUAAUACUUUGUCAGUUUGUCUUCCUCAAUCUCUGAAUUUCUUCUUUUGAAUUGAAGUUCAAGGCCACCUGUGGAUGUAAAGCUUUAGUUGCUUGUGUUCAGAUGCUCUAUCUCUUCAUUGAUCGAGUUCUGUCAGUUUGUGUGAUAACAAACAACCCAUGUGUCUGGAGUUAGGUUGAUUAGCAUAAUGGUCAACGUUUAGAAAAUUAUGGGUUUUGUUUCUUGGAUUUAUUGUUGUUGCCUUUUGUGUUUCUUUACCGCCACGGAAUUCAACUGUUCUCUCUUCAUAUGUCAUUCGUUGUUCCGGUGGUUUUAUGGAAUUGUGUUGAAUUGCAGUAGAUGAAGAAUCAGAUCGAAGGGAAGAAAUAUGGCAGCAGCUGAAGCAAGAGCUGCCUGGCAGAGAGCAGCAAAUCGUUGUUUUGUUCAGGAGGAUGCCAAAAGAGCUCCCAAGUUAGCUUGUUGCCACUCAUCAUCAUCCAAAUUAAGUGAAGGAGAGGGACCAACUGGUGCAUCAGAAGCGCCUGAUAGUCCUGCUGCCGGCUUCAUGCCGUUCAACUGUAAUCCUUCUUACUCCAGUCUUCCCCCUGAUACGAGAUGGUGGCUUCAGUUGCAGCCCUGCUAUGGUUACCAAAAGGGUUUAACUUUUGACCAGCUGAAUGCUUUAGAGGCAGAGGUGGAGAGUUUGAGAUCUGGAGUUGGAACCACAACAGACUCCAUAAUGGCCCAGGAGGUUGUUAGUUCCCUUGAUCAUAACUCGGAUAGUACUUGGAUAGAUGUCAAAAAGAGUUGCGAGUCUUCGCUUGAUGCUGCAUAUAGCAAGAUUUCUGCAGACUGUUUCGUCUAUGUUUUCGAAGGUGAAGAUCAAGUAAACGGUCUUAAUGCUAGUAAAGAGAGAAGUAGUCAAUCUGUGGAGGCUGAUCCUCUUGUUGCUUUCCAUGAGAUAGCAAAGAGCAAUGUGAAUAGCUUUGACCCGGAAUCUCCUUGGAGUACUGUUAGUGCAAAGAGUGUGCCAUGGUGGCGAACUGCAGAUAAAGAUAACUUGGCCUCGUUAGUUGCACAGAAGUCAUUGGACUAUAUGGAGAACUGCGAUCUCCCUCCUCCUAGAAAGUUUCAGAUUGACGGAUUCCCUUGUGCUGAUCCUAGAUCUUCAAAUCAUGACGGUUCAGCGUCACAUUUGUUGGAUUGGAGAAAACCUAGCAGAUGUGUCUCCGACCCAAUUGUUCAUAUAGCAAGACCUACUGAAAUUGCAGUGGGAGGAGGGCAACUGGCUUCGACUGGAGAACAUUCACAAACUGGCUACGACAAUACAUUCAGUCCUACGACAACACUUAAGGAUGUAAGCCAGGAUCCCAAGAGCGACCCUUGCAAGGCUCGGCUGCUGGAAGCGCUUCGGCAUUCUCAAACACGUGCAAGGGAAGCGGAGAAGGCUGCAAAGCAAGCCUGUGCAGACAAGGAGCAUGUCAUUAUGCUCUUCUUAAAACAAGCGUCCCAACUGUUAUCCUACAAACAAUGGUUUCAGCUCUUGCAGCUUGAAACUCUUUACCAUCAACUGAAGAACAGUGAGGAUCCAAUGGCCACUCUAUUAUUCCCUGUAGCCCUUCCAUGGAUGCCUCCAAUGGGUAAAAAACUGGGCAAGAACCGGUCUAAGACCACAAAAGGUAGCUAUAAGCGAGGGAAGAGGAACCGGGCAAGGCAGGACAUGAAGCGGUAUGCAGUCGCAUUUGCAUUGGGGUUGAGUCUUGUUGGUACAGGGUUGCUCCUUGGUUGGACUGUAGGGUGGAUGCUGCCUUUCUAGAAGGAACGAGGUGAUGUGAUGUAUUGUCUAAGUAAAUUUCUUUUAGUUGGUUGUUUAGAUGUUUGAUGCAAGCUUAAUUUGCAGUGCUGUAGAGAGCAGAGGUCGUAAUGUGUAGGGGUUGUGUGGACUGUGGAGGGAUGGCGUUAUGGAACUAUAUGUUUCGUUUUCUUGCUGAUUGACUGUAUAUACUCUGUAUACAAUUUUGAUUCUAGGUUCGGUGUGUAGCUAAUGGUAAGCUGGUGAUAGAAACCAACUGUUUCUAUUAUAAUUACUAGGAUUAGUAUUAUUAGGGUUAUAAGUCUUUCGUAUUGGGUUUAUUAUCAGGGGUUUUCAGUCUUUCGUUAUAAAUAUGUACUCUGCGU